UUUCGUUCUUCUUCCAUCUCUUUCAAAGCCAUGUCCUUGAGCUUCCAUCACCACCAACCUUAAGUGAAAGUGAGACACCAAAUAGCAAGUUUCCCGAUAACCCCAUCGGUUCACCACCUUGUUUAUUAUUACAUAAACUCUCUAAUGGCUUCCACUGUGUCCCUGCCGCCAACUGAUCCUUCUUCGUCUUCCUCGGAAGACCCGGCUGCCAAAGCCCUCAACAAGCGUUACCAGGGGCUCGUCACGGUUCGAACCAAGGCCACCAAGGGCAAGGGCGCCUGGUACUGGGCCCACCUCGAACCCAUCCUCGUUCGGAACCCGGAGAGCAGCCUCCCCGAAGCCGUUAAACUCAAGUGUUCCCUCUGCGACGCCGUCUUCUCCGCCUCGAACCCGUCGCGGACGGCUUCCGAGCACUUGAAACGCGGCACGUGCCCCAAUUUCAGCUACGGUUUGAGGCGCGGUUCCUCGCUAUCUCCUUUGCCUAUAUCCUCCUUGCCUUCGCCUUCUACUGUUUCGUAUCAUCAUAAUCAUCGAAAGCGAAGCCCGCCGGCGGCAGCUAUAUCUGCUUUACACAACCAAGUAAGUAAUAACGGUAACGAUGAUAAUAAUAAUAAUAACAACAACAACAACUCGUUGGCUAUAGUUGAGUCCACUCGUUUUCCGGGUUACUCGAGCCAUAGUAAUAACAACAACAAUGCUGGGUUGACUCAGCAUCAUUUGGUUUUAUCUGGUGGGAAAGAAGAUUUGGGUGCCUUAGCAAUGUUGGAAGACAGUGUUAAGAAGCUUAAGAGUCCUAAAAUUUCCCCAGGUCCAGCUUUAAGCAAGGGCCAGAUGGAUUCCGCACUCGAUUUAUUAGCCGAGUGGUUCUACGAGUCUUGUGGGUCGGUUUCCUUUUCUAGCCUUGAGCACCCAAAGUUUCGGGCUUUCCUUAAUCAGGUUGGGGUGCCGGCUAUAUCGAGAAGGGACCUCUCGGGUGAUCGGCUGGAUAAUAAGUUCCAUGAGGCCAAAACUGAUUCUGAAGCUAGAAUUAGGGAUGCAUUGUUCUUUCAAGUUGCUUCUGAUGGGUGGAAGAGUAAAAGUUGUUGUUGCAGCAGCUAUAGUUGUGUGGAAGACAAUUUUGUUAAAUUUGGUGUUAAUCUUCCUAAUAGCAGCAGCUUGUACCAGAAGGCGGUCUUUACCAGUGGACCGGUGACUUCCAAGCACGCCGAGGAGGUGUUGUGGGAGACAGUAAUGGGGAUAUCCGGAAGUGGUGUUCAGAAAUGCGUAGGGAUCGUUUCGGAUCAUAAGGCAAAGGCAUUGAGGAAUUUGGAGAUUCAGAAUCAUUGGAUGGUUAAUCUAUCUUGUCAGCUUCAAGGUUUUGUUAGUUUGGUAAAGGAUUUUAGCAAAGAGCUUCCCCUUUUCAGGACUGUCACCGAGAAUUCCUUAAAGAUAGCGAGUUUUGUAAAUAAUAACUUGCUAGUUAGACACACGUUUCAGAAGUAUAAGAUGCAGGAGCUUGAGUGUGCUGGGUUGAUACGGGUUCCUUUCAAUAAAUGCCAUUGCAGCAGCAAUAUCUCACAAGCUUUUGUGAUGUUGGAGGACAUAUUGAGCUGUUCACAAGUUCUUCAGAUGGUCGUACUGGACGAUUCUUACAAGGGGAUCUGUACUGAGGAUCCGGUCGCAAGGGAAGUUGCCAUGAUUGUCCAAAAUGAAGGGUUUUGGAAUGAUUUAGGGGCGGUUUAUGCACUGGUCAAGUUGAUCAAAGGUAUGGCUCAGGAGAUUGAGAUGGAGAGGCCAUUGAUUGGGCAAUGCCUCCCUCUCUGGGAGGAGUUGAGGGUCAAAGUGAAGGAAUGGUGUACCAAGUUCAACGUUGCAGAAGCUCCCGUUUAUAAAAUUGUUGAAAAGAGAUUUAGAAAGAACUACCACCCUGCAUGGUCAGCUGCAUUUAUACUUGAUCCGCUUUACUUGAUACGUGAUACCAGUGGAAAAUACCUUCCACCUUUCAAGUUUUUGACUCAUGAGCAGGAGAAGGAUGUCGAUGAGAUCAUCACUCGUUUGCUUACCAAGGAAGAAGCUCAUGUUGCACUGAUGGAGCUCAUGAAAUGGAGAUCAGAAGGGUUAGAGCCACUCUAUGCCCAAGCUGUUCAGGUUAAACAGCGAGACUCUGUGACUGGAAAGAUGAAAAUUGCUAACCCCCAGAGCAGGAGGCUGGUGUGGGAAACUUGUCUUAGUGAAUACAAAUCAGUAGGAAAGGUUGCAGUUAGGCUUAUCUUCCUACAUGCAACAGCAUGCGGGUUUAAACAUAACUGGUCUUUGAUGAAGUGGAUUUGUGUCCAUAAACACUCAAGGGUAGGCCUUGAAAGGGCUCAGAAGAUGAUAUUCGUUGCAGCUCAUUCAAAGCUUGGCAGGAGGGAUUUCUCCAAUGAGGAAGAAAAGGAUGCAGAUCUGUUCAUGACUGGCCGUGAGGAUGACAUCCUCAAUGAAGUUUUCGCAGAUGCGACAUAAGUGUGAUGCUUCUCCUUUUAACUCUUGUAGAAUUGUAAACUUUAGGGAUUUGAUUGAAUUCUUUCUUCAUCGUCUUUUAUUUAUUUUUGUUCAUCUUUUCUUAUGUUCUAAUUAUAAAUCAGGAAACACAUAGAUAGUGAUGUAGUAGCCAGAGAAUGUUUGUUAGAAUUUCAUAAUUGCAUGAUUGGAAUGAAAAAAACACUUUAUUGCCCAACCAUCAUUUCAUUUUCUUUUGUCCACAGUGAAGGCAUAAUAAGUUCAUCC